AUGGCGGGUCCACGGGUCAUUGACCAUGCAAGGAAGGACGGAAAGCUCGGCGUUUUAUCAGGCGUGUAUAUUCCUGUUUGCCUCAGCAUUCUCAGUAUCCUUAUGUUCCUGAGGUUUGGCCUCAUCCUUGGCCAGAUCGGUUUGGUUGGGAUCAUUGGUAUGAUGACGCAAGCCUGCCCCGAAUUUGGGGGCUCUAUAGGUUUAUUAUUCUACCUCUCCCAGGUUCUCAACACGGCCCUCAACAUUGUUGGACUUAUCGAUUGCAUGAGCGCGAUUUUUGCGAAGGCUAGCAACGCUCUCCUAGUCAUCCUCUCCGCUGCUAUUCUGACCAUCCCAGUCUCAGCUCUUGUUAAGAAGCCCUUUCAAGACGAAGAACUAGGCCUAGAAUUUACCGGCCUCAGUUUACGUACUCUGCUUGAUAAUCUGCUACCACACUCGGAGGAAAAAUCAUUCCACGGUUUAGCGACCUUCCGAGAUCUCUUCGGCAUUCUCUUCCCAGCCACCUCUGGAAUAUUUGCAGGGGCUUCGAUGUCGGGCGAUUUGCUUAACCCGAGCAAGGCUAUUCCAAAAGGAACUCUCUGGGCCAUGUUGACCACCUUCAUCACAUAUCUCGUUGUUAUACUAUCGAUGGCUGCCACUACCACGCAUGAUUCCUUUCUCAAAAAUGCGAAUGUCAUACCCUAUACUAACAUCUCGCCACCCCUAAUCUUCGCUGGAGAGUGCGCCGUGACCGUGUUUUCCGCCCUCAUGGGAGUAAUAGGUUCCGCUAAGCUUCUCCAGGCUUUGUCUAGGGAUAGGCUGCUACCCGGCUUAUCGUUAUUUGGCCUUGGCACAAAGAAUGGAGACGAGCCCAUCUUCGCGAUGCUUUUAACCUAUGCUAUCGCUCAAUUUGCGCUUCUUGCCGACCUAAACCAGAUAGCUACAUUUAUCUCCAUGGGAUACCAGAUGACCUUUUUGUGA